AUUCUGAGAAUCCGAGAAGUGGCUGAUUUCUCAUCACUUCCUGUAUGUCUUGGUAUUGGAGAGAAGUUCGGAGUUAUUUUCUAUCUAAAUCGGAGUAUAUAGGUUUAUUUAAAGUGAUGCUAUAAGUUGCUAAACGUUACCAUGGAAGUUGACUGUCAUGGUAACGGUUCUUUUUCUUACACUUGAUGUGAUGAAGCUAAGCUGUUAGAAGUGACAUCAUGGCUCUGUUAUCUAGAAGGAGUCUUGUUGUUUAGAGAAGUUAAAUGUGUGUCGUUAGACGUGUAAAAGCUGUAAUUGUGCUGUAAUGCGCAGUGUUAUGCUAAGCUGCUAUGGAUCAUGUUUACACACUGCUCAUGCUGGUUCUAUCAUGUUCAGUGUUGUGUGAUGUCCCUGCACCCGAAAACAUCACCAUGGAUUCAAAAAACUUCGUUCACCUGCUCAAGUGGGAGGCUGGACCUGGUUCUCCUGCAGGACUACAUUACAGCGUCAUCUUCAGAUCCUAUGGAAAUGGCUGGAUGACAGUGGACAGCUGUGUAGAAGUUCGUUCCCCGUUGCUCUGUAACCUGACGGAUGUUUUGUCUGAUCCAAAUCUGACAUACUACAUCAACGUUACAGCCUUUUUAGGGAAGGAGACGUCGGCACCUCAAACCUGUCGUCCAUUUAGACCAUUUGCUGACACUGAGCCGGAGCCUCCAUCAAUACGAAUGUCACCGUGUAAUGACUCCCUGUGUGUGUACCUUCAGUCUCCAUCUCAGAGACUCGAGGAGGUUUAUAGGAAAUUCCAUUACACGUUUAGUGUGACCAAUGAAAAAGGAGUAGAGUUGUUCCCAGUAUCCAUCCAGGGAUUUGACCCUCUAGAGCUAAAAGUGGUGCCGGGGUGGCAGUACUGUGUGUCCAUUGUGAAAAUCGACGGUCGAAAACCUACUCAUAAAACACCUGUCUGUUCUUCUAAACCUGCAGCAGUGAAUAACAUGGAUGUAGAGAUCUCUGUGGGUGUCACCGUGCUGGUGUUGGGGUCUGUGGUAAUUGUUGGUCUGGUCACUUAUCGAAGGCACUUGAAAACCGAUCCACCGUUAGUUCUGAGUUCAUUUAAUACCCCGUAUAAAGUGCAGCUUUUUUCUCCCUCUGUGGAGUCUCUGACAAGCAUUUUACUUGAGCCCAAUACAUGUCGAAAUGUUCAGGUCACUGAAGAGGCGGACCAAGAGAAAGAGGACGAAGAGGUGACAUAUGAGAGAUUAAGGGGUUGUGAAGAAGUUGAGUGUUGUGAAGAAAUCUCAAAAGAAACAAAGUCCUCUCUUCCAAUGAUCCCAGAGGUCCAGUUUGAGUGUAACCAUGAGACAUGCACUAAAACAUACUCAGAUGGGAACGUUUUGAAAGAGCAGACAUUAGCACCAGACGAGAUCAGACCUCACUGGGAGGUGACAUCUCCGUCAGAUAGUCAGAUCCUCACAACACAUCACUUACCGCUAAAAAAACAAAUCCCUGAACACAAAAAGAACAAUUCAAUCUUACUCAGGUAUAAGACAGAAGAUGGACACAGACAGGAGAAUGAGGAAAAGGAGGACAGUGACAAUGUGAAUUUCUUUUCCCUGAUCUUGGGAGGCCAACGUUUUGAACAACGAGACGAGGCAGAGGAAGAAGAACAGAUAGACGAUGUGCUAAAAAUGAAGCCAGAGGUACCUUUAUUUGUGUUGGAGCCAUCAAAACCUGCCAUGGACCUCCAGCCUACUACGUCUUCUGAGAGCACAGACAAACACAUUUCAUACUCUGAUGAGGAGGAAGACGAGGAUACAGAGGAAGAGGAAGAGUUCUCUGGAUAUAUGAUGCGGAAAUUGAAUUAAGAAAAUCUCUAGUAAUAGUAAAGAGUCAAGAGACAUUUUAUUGUCAUUUCAACCAUAUCUAGCUGGUGCAGUACAUAAUGAAAUGAACCAGCUUUUCUCCAGGACCCUGGUGCUACAUAAAUAUACAAACCUACAACAAACAACACAGAACUAAGUACAUUACAGGUAACUCAGUUUUGUAAAGUGUCUGUAAAAGGCUAACUGCAUUCAAGUCUACCAGUUACAUCAAGUGCAUGAGACGCUGCUGCUGGAUGUAAACCACCAGUUCAUAUUCACAGACACUUAAUUGGAGAUGGUACAGUGCUGUUCAUUAAUCAUUCAUCUUCUGUAAGUGCCUUUUCCUGGUUGGGGAUACAAAACUUUUUUUGUAUUAAUAGACUCAUCUUAUGAUUAUUCCCCGUUCAAGGACAAAAAAAAAAAUUCAAAAUAAUUUACAAAAGAUGCAGCCUUACGAUAAAUUUGAUCAACUCCUUGACGUACAGUGGGUUCAGAUUGCACUAAGACCCCUCCGUUCCAUCUUUAUUGGGUUAUAUAUUUCAUUUAAAAUGCAUUGCCUUGACCAUUUCUGGUCAUCAAGCUACACACAAACUUUUUUUUUUUUUUAAGAAAUUACAAAUGCAUUCAAAAUCAAACACACUUAAUUAGAAAAUAUUCAGACUAUUUAUUCGGUACUUAAGUCUACAAGCUUUGCUCAUCAGGAUUUGGGCCGUUUCUUCUGUUCUUCCUGGCAGAUUAAGACACUUGUGCUGAAGCUCUUCCAGUGUUUUAUUUGUUUUCUUUAUUCGCUGUGGUGUUAUAGUUAGAGCCUCUAUGAAAGUCUUGGGUGAAUUCUUGAAGCAGGACCCCUUUGUGGCUGGGUUUUGGGGACAUAGUUUCCUAGUGUAUAAGGUGCUGGACUGCUGAUCAGGAGGUUGUGAGUUUGAAUCCUACAUCCACCAACCUGCCACUGCUGUCCCCUGUGCAAGGCCUUUAACCCUUAAUUGCAUAAAAAUGCGAUAAAUGGAAUGCUUUAGUCACUUUGGUGUUAAGGUUAGAGCCUCUACCCCAGUCUUGUGUAUUCUUGAUCAGGACCACAGCCUGAUGCUGCCACCACCAUGUUUACAAAAUUGAUUUUAUAUUCACCUGAGCUUACUUUGGAGUGCCUUAAGCCAAGGGUCUGAAUCUAAGAGAGUCUUUGAUUUUUAAUAAGUUUGACCAUAAAAAGUAAAUAUGUCAAGGAGCUUUCACUGACCAAGCUAGAGCUUCAAAGCUCUUAUUGACGUGUUGCUAUUAAAGUUGUCCACACUUUUUAUACAGUAUUUAGCCUAGCGUUUCUACGUCUUCAGUAUAUUUUAAUUCUUGCUUUCUUUGCUGUCAGUUUUGUUUAUUGAACAUUCUAUUUUGCUGAGUACAUGUUCACUGGUGCUAGAUCACUUAAAGUUGGGGUCUCCGUUGUUUGAGAAAUGCUUCAGAAAACUGCGUUGGGCCGACAAACAAAACUAA